GCCAUUGUCAAAAACACGAGUUUGACCUUUGAAACUUCAAAGCAAGAGCCUUGGGGAACACUUCUUCAAGCUUCAAACACUAUCUUGGAAAAUCAAAAUCCACACAAACUUGUUCCAUCAACAUAAAAAAAAAAAACAUAAACAACACCAUGAUCUCAGCUUAAAAAAAGCUAGAAAAAAUGAGUAGUGAAAUUGUACACAGAAGGGUUCAUACCAAUGGAAUAUGGAUCCAUUUUGCGGAGAAAGGGAAAGGACCUCUUGUUCUCCUCAUCCAUGGCUUUCCUGAGCUCUGGUCCUCAUGGAAGCACCAGAUAAUCCAUUUGUCAGAACACGGUUACCGGGUCGUCGCACCCGACAUGCGAGGUUAUGGGGACUCAGAUUGUCCCCGUGACCCUGCCUCGUAUACGGUUUUACAUCUUGUUGGAGACUUGGUUGGCCUUCUUGACGAGCUUGGAGAAAAACAGGCAUUUGUGGUAGGACAUGACUGGGGUGCUCAAGUUGCUUGGUACCUUUGCUUAUUCAGACCAGAUAGAGUCAAAGCUCUUGUUAACUUGGGUGUUCCAUACAAACCAAAUUCCCCUAUGAAACCAACUGAAUUCUUAACCAAAAUAUUUGGAGAUGGGUUCUACAUUUCUCAAUUUCAGGAGCCGGGAAGGACAGAAAAGUCAUUUUCUCAAUACAACUGUUUAACAAUUCUAAAAAAGUUGUUGCUGAUUGAUGGUCCUGAUCUUCUAGCAGCUCCUCCGGGUGUUGAAAUUGUAGAUUUUCUUGACACUCCAUCUUCAUUACCUGCAUGGAUUACAGAGGAUGAGCUCCAACUCCGAGCUAGCAAAUUCGAAAAAUCAGGAUUCACUGGCGCUUUGAACUACUACCGUGCCAUGGACAUAAAUUGGGAGCUCUUGGGACCAUGGCAAGGUGCCAAAAUCAAAGUACCUACAAAGUUCAUAGUUGGGAACAAGGAUGUAGGGUUUCAAUCAUUUGGGACGAAGGAUUACAUAGAAGGAGAAGAAUGCAAGAGCCAUGUACCUAACAUGGAAGUGGUCAUUGUUGAUGAUGGCCAUCAUUACAUCCAAGAGGAGAAAGCUGAACUUGUUAAUAAUCAUAUCCUGUCCUUCUUCAAUAAUUAAUCUCAGCUGUAAUCACUACUUUUUUAGUAGUUAUUUUGAUGUUAGUGAUAUUGACGUAAAAAAAUAUAUCUUAACUAUUGAAUUUGUGAA